AUGAUAGCCAGGGCUAUCAAUAACUUUUCAAUAGACAAAAAGAUUGGAGAGGGCGGUUUUGGACCUGUUUAUAAGGGCACACUUGAAGGACAGGAAAUAGCUGUCAAGCGGCUGUCUAGAACUUCCACACAAGGAGAAACCGAGUUCAAGAAUGAAGUUUUAUAUAUUGCAAAACUUCAACAUAGGAAUCUGGUGAAGAUUCUUGACUGCUGCAUUGAAGGGGAAGAAAAAAUGUUGAUCUAUGAGUACUUGCCAAACGGGAGUCUUGAUUCCUUUAUAUUUGAUGACACGCAAAGCAGGGUAUUAGACUGGCCUAAGCGCUUUCACAUUAUCAAUAGUAUAGCUCGGGGACUUAUGUAUCUGCAUCAAGAUUCUCAAUUGAGAAUAAUUCACCGAGACCUGAAAGCUAACAACAUCUUGUUAGACAAGGAUAUGAAUCCAAAGAUAUCAGACUUUGGAUUAGCAAAAAUAUGGGAAGAGGAUGACACUGGAGCCAUGACAAACCGAGUUGUUGGAACAUAUGGGUACCUCUCACCGGAAUAUGCAUUGCACGGGAAAUACUCAGUAAACUCAGAUGUAUUUAGCUUUGGUAUAUUAGUACUGGAAAUCGUGAGUGGGAGAAACAACAGAAGAUUCUUUCAUCCAGACCAUAGCAUCAAUCUACUUGGAUAUGCAUGGGAACUCUAUAAAGAAGGUAGGUCAAUAGAACUACUUGAUGAAUGCCUAGGUGAUUCUUGUUCGACAACUCAAGUGGUACGAUCAAUCUUCAUUGGUCUAUUAUGUGUCCAACAAUGUCCUGAAGAUCGCCCAAGUAUUUCUUCUGUGGUUGUGAUGUUAAACAAUGAAGGUGUAUUGCCACAGGCUAAGCAACCAGGUUUUUAA